GACAGUUAAGACAGGCCUUGAAAUGAUUGGCUGGUUUGGGAGGUGAGCUUUAAUAAAUGUGAGAUGUUAGAAUCUCCCCCUGACAAAUCACCAAUGACCAGGAACUACCACCAGACACACUGAGAUGUGUACACCCACAAAGAUAUCCAGAAGUCAAAAUAUCAGGUUCCCUUUAAAUGUUUUGUCAUUGAGUUGGGCUAAUUUAUUUUAUUUUAUUAGACGAAAUUUGAGUCCCGGAGAAUAGUUUAGCUUACAAGUGGAUAAAGUUGUGUAGGCAGAGGGAGACAUUUUGGGUUUCGUUCGGUGAGAGGAAAUUUGGUAAACGUUGUGCAAUGGUGCGAGAAAAGUUUUGAAAGAGUGUGAGAAACAAUUGCAAGCUAAGUGCCUGAGAGUAGGUCGGUUCAAGAAGAAGCCUUCAUGUUGCAUCCAUACAGAAUGGAGGGGUACCUCAUCUCACCUGGUCCUCCAUCAGAAGACAUGUACGAACCCGACAUCUAUAGACAACAGAUGUCAGAAUAUUCAUAUCCGUAUGUCAUCGAUGGAGAGAGUCAAGGAGAUCACUGGGACUAUCACACCACUCAUCAUGUUCAUCCGCUGGACUUUGACAACCUGCCAGAGGGCCACUUCACUGAGCUCCAGAGUGUCCAGCAUCUACAUGUACCCAGCAUGGCUCGUUAUAAUGAUGCUGACACUCUCUCUCUGGACCCUGGCCUUGGGGGAUACCACAAUGCCCUACCCCCACCGGUGCCGUAUUGCCCUCGAGCCAUGGGCUACUUGCACCCCUCUCCUCAGACAAUGAGGAGCUCAGAUGACGAGGAGCCAGGAGGCCGCAGCCCUCCACUAGAAGUGUCUGAUGAAGAGUGUCUGAGAGACCACAUCACGCAUGUAACAAGGGGAGAAUUGGGCAACAAGAAGAAGAUCCGUCUGUACCAGUUCCUGCUGGAUCUGCUGAGGAACGGGGACAUGAAGGACAGUAUCUGGUGGGUAGACAGGGACAAGGGCACCUUCCAGUUCUCCUCGAAACACAAGGAGGCACUGGCACAUCGGUGGGGCGUACAGAAGGGCAACCGCAAGAAAAUGACCUACCAGAAGAUGGCUCGGGCUCUUCGCAACUAUGGCAAGACAGGCGAGGUCAAAAAGGUCAAGAAGAAGCUGACUUAUCAGUUCAGUGGUGAAGUGCUGGGGGGGAGGUCUCACUUGGAGAGGAGGCCAUAUUCCCAUUUGUAGAGGGAUAAACAUAGUGGAAGUCCUGAAGAAGGGUAGAGAGAGAGAUAGAUUGUUAACUGUAUAUAGUAUGCAAGAUGGUUAUCAAUGUAAUAACUAUUGUUUGUGUUUAAAUCAACAAUAACUGUUUUUGCUGUUCUUGUAAAAAGCAUUUACAGUGAGGGAAAAAAGUAUUUGAUCCCCUGCUGAUUUUGUACAUUUGCCCACUGACAAAGAAAUGAU